AUGGCGCGCCACAAUAAGCGAAAGCGUGAGGACGAGGAUUCUGAUCCUGUCGCUGAUACUAAUGGAAGUGGUUUUGGUGUCGCAGAGACCCUUACUCGCUUGAAUCAUGCCUCGAGCCCCAACUCUGAUCAGACACCUCCGAACGCCGCGCAAAGCACCAAGAAUGGACAGCAGCCGAGUACCAAGAGGAAGCGAGUUGACGGAGAGAAGACCAAAUAUCCGGACCUGACAUAUGUGCAAGGCACACUUAAGUCGUCGAUCAGAAUUUCCGACUUGCAGGGCUUGCUACUCUAUUGCUUCGCGGACGGGAUUGCGCCCCAAUGGAUCUCGAUUAAGCACUCUGGACACAUGCGCAAGGUCGUUGUGCUGAUGGUUCCUGGUCUCGAGAUUGGCAUGUUUGACGGCACACUGCCAUUGGAGCCCCAGGAAGCGGAGAAGGAAAAGGACGAGGCAACUCAACCUGAGGUGCCAGAGGAAACGGCAGAAAACCGAAAGAACGCCGAUUUUGAGCGAUGGAAGCAGGGACUUCCUCUCGAGGAUCGCUCAUUCCGCUUCAAUCCCCAAGCUCUCAAUCCAGAGUCUCUGCCCGAGCCCCUGCGGCCAUUGGGAAACAUGUUCCCCCACGUCUGGCCCGUCAAGGCCCCCGGCGAUGCCAAGUACAACAAGGUGCACUCACCUCUUCAAGCUAUACUAUUGUCAUCACUGCCAAAGUCAAAGGAAAGCGGUGGCGGUGGAAAGGGUGCGCGUCCUCCUAGAGUGGACAAGGGCUUCGUGCCAAAGCGGACACCCAUUACGACAUUCAUCAGCACGGCAGAGGAUUUGCGCGAGAACGAGUACACUCUUCAUCCGGCAUACUUUACAUCAGACGAAGAGAAACGGUCUCAACUGGCAAUUCGCCAACAAGCAGAGCAGUCUACGGAACAUGGCUGGGUGGAUACCGAAGUUCCUACUUUGGAGGCGGGUGAAGUGCCUGACACCGAGAUUGAGAAAGGCAGCGUUACCGCAGGCCGGAACGUUUUGUCUCUCGACUGUGAGAUGUGCCUCACCGAAGGUGGUCAGUCUGAGCUCACCCGCAUCAGUAUGGUUGGAUGGGAUGGAGAGGUGGUCCUCGAUGAACUGGUCAAGCCUGCUAAACCGAUCAUCGACUACUUAACUCGCUAUUCUGGUAUCACAAAGGAGAUGCUCGACCCCGUUACAACUACCUUGGCCGACAUUCAGAAGCGACUCCUCACCAUUUUGACCCCUCGCGCCAUUCUUGUCGGACACUCCCUUAACUCCGAUCUUACGGCGCUCAAGAUCACGCAUCCUUUCAUCGUUGACACUGCUCACAUCUACCCCCACCCUCGUGGUCCACCAUUGAAGUGUAGUCUUAAGUGGCUCACUCAGAAAUACCUGAACAAGGAAAUCCAGAAGGGAACGACUGGCCACGACUCCAUCGAAGAUGCCCGAGCCGUCCUUGAGCUUGUCAAACUCAAGUGUGAAAAGGGCGAGCUUUGGGGUACGAGCGAAGCCUCGAACGAAAGCAUUUUCCGCCGUCUAGGCCGCUCCACCAAGAACGGAAAGUCCACCGCCCCCGGCGAAGGACGAACUGGUGCCGUCGUAGACUGGGGCAACCCCGAGCGCGGGUUCGGCUCGCAAGCCACCGUGUCGAUUGGAUGCCGCGAUGACGACGAUGUUGUCAAGGGCAUCGCCUCAGCCGUUAAGGGCGACGAGUCCAACACGGCCAUUCCAGGCGGCGGUGUGGAUUUCACUUGGGCACGCCUCCGCAACCUCGAAAUGACUCGGGGUUGGUGCACGCGUAUGCCGGACGCAAACAACGCCAACGAAUCCACCACACUCAUCCCUUCCCCCGAAGAGACUACUCCGACGUCUGGUCCCGCCAUCACUACGACAGACAAGAAUCUCGCUGAGACAGUCAGCCAAACCGUCUCGGAUAUCUCUCGUAUCUACGAGUCCUUGCCGCCCUGUACGCUCUUCAUCGUGUACUCUGGAACCGGCGACCCGCGCGAGGUCAGCCGGUUGCAGAAUAUGCAUCGCAAGUACCGUGAAGAGUUCAACGCGCGGAAGCCGUGGAAUGAGUUGAGUGUGAAGUGGACGGAUACUGAAGAACAGGCGUUGAAGCGGGCCUGUGAGCGCGCACGUGAGGGAUGCGGUUUCAUGUGUGUCAAAUAA